CAAAAACAUCCCGUCGAGCCAAGUCGAUGCAUUGCGUUGCGGCGUGCACGCCGGUAGUAGUGCAGCACCCCCGCCGGCUCGCCUUUACCCGGCCGGCUGAUCGGAUGGUAUGGCUCUGUGGAUGUGGAGGGAAGCCGCGCAACGCUUUCCCCCCCGAUGGCGGUGUGAGUGAGGAUGCGACUCCCCAGCUCCAUCUUUGUGUCGGUGUCUCUCUUCACGGCCGAGACCACGGCGGCUCUCUACCUCAGCUCCACGUACCGCUCGGCUGGAGACCAGAUCUGGCAGGCGAUCACGCUGCUGUUCACCCUCGUGCCGUCCGUGCUCGUGCAGCUGACCCUCACCUUCAUCCAUCGCGAUCUGAGCAGGGACCGGCCGCUCGUACUGCUGCUGCACAUUCUGCAGCUCGGACCCAUCGUCAGGUGUUUGGAGGCGUUCUGCAUCUAUGGCAGCGUGGGCCAGGUGGAGGAGCCUUAUGUCAGCAUCACCAGGAAGAAGCAGAUCCCCCGCGGGGGCCAGCCUGAGGAGGUGGAGCGGCAGGUGGGGCAAGCAGAGGGGAAGCUGUUUACGCACCGAGCGGCCUUCGCCCGCACUUCUGUCAUCCAGGCCUUCCUGGGCUCCGCUCCCCAGCUCACCCUGCAGCUCUACAUCUGUGUCCUGCAGCAGGGGGUGUCCAUCGGGAGAGGCACACUGAUGGUGAUUUCCCUUCUGUCCAUUGUGUACGGGGCUCUUCGCUGCAACAUCCUGGCCAUCAAGAUCAAAUAUGAUGACUAUGAGAUAGACGUACGGCCCAUGGCCUACGUCUGCAUCUUCCUGUGGCGCAGCUUUGAGAUUGCCACCCGCGUGGUGGUCCUGGUUCUCUUCAGCUCUGUGCUGCAGCUCUGGAUCCUGCCUGUGGUGCUGCUCAACUUCCUGGUUUUCUUCCUCUACCCGUGGGUGCUGUUCUGGCACAGCCACUCGCCCUUCCCAGAGAACAUCGAGAAGACGCUGACGAGGGUGGGCACCACCAUUGUCCUCUGCCUCCUCACUUUCCUCUAUGCCGGCAUCAACAUGUUCUGCUGGUCGGCCGUGCAGCUGAAGCUGAACGACCCGGACCUCAUCAACAAGUCCCAGAACUGGUACCGCAUGGCUGUGUACUACAUGCUGCGCUUCGUGGAGAAUGCCUCGCUGCUGCUGCUCUGGUACGUCUACAGGACGGACAUCUACAAGUUCAUCUGCGCCCCGCUGCUUGUGCUGCAGCUGCUGGUGGCCUACGCCAUCGCCAUCUUCUUCAUGCUGCUCUUCUAUCAGUUCUGUCACCCGUGCCGGAAGCUCUUCUCCUCCAACAUGACGCAGGGCCUCUGGAACUGCUCCUCCCUUCUCUGUCUGUUCUGCACCACGUCUCCGAUGGAAACCCGGCCAAUAGCGAGGGCCCCGCUGGAGUCACCUGGACCGGGCCCCGCCCCGCGCGGGGAGCCCGCCAACGAAACUGCAUACGAGACCCCCAUUGACACCACUUACGACAUGGUCCAUGACACUGUAUACGACAUGCUCAGUGACGAAACCUAUGACGCCCCGAGUGUUGUGGGUCACGGCGUAGGCGGCGAAAUGAACGGUGACAUUAGCCGCAGCUUAUCCUGCGACGCCUGAAACUGCCCUCAUUUUGACGUGCCGUUCAGAGGAGUCCAGCUUUACGGAGCAACUCUCACAAUUCGCUUACCCUCUGUAUAACCCUUUAAGUGCCAUAUGGACCCUUCUGUGCAAUCAGUUACGUUUACACUUUUGAGCCCAGCGAUCGGACACUCAUCCAUUUACAGUGAAUGGAAACGAGCAGCCGAUUGCAUAAUUACAACAUGACUGCCACCAGAGAAACUUGUCGUGUGGUGUUUCUGUGAACAAGCUAACGGCGAUAACUUGUACUGCAGUGAGAGGAGCCGGAGGUGUACAGUCUACGAAGGACGCGCCUUUGCAGACCUUGUCCUUCGAAGGACGCGGCCCCUGAACUGGGGCACAAUAUUGGAUAUGUCAUGUAGCGCUCACCAGUCCACCCCGGCAUCCUCUUAGCUAGUGUAACCACCGAGAUAAACCACAGCCCUUGUCUACCACAGCAACUUCCCGUAGGUUUAGAAGACGACCCGCUCACAUAUUGACCCUGUGUCAUACUAUAUGCUGCAUCGCUGAUCACAACGACCCAUGUUUUUGGAUUGAUUGGAUUUAGCAUUUUCUUCACUUCGGAACUGAGGUGUGCAUGUGUGGCGCCUCA